AUGAAAAAGCAGGCAACCGCGUCCCGAGCGCCGUCCGUCGGUUGGCUUCACCGGACAGUCACGGCCUUGUUUGCCACCGCGCUCCUCUCCGCGCUCGUCCCGCCCGCUCUCGCGGCCGUGAUAGCCGCCGGCAAGCUCGAGAAGUGCGUGCGCGACGGCGCGUCGCUCGAAGUGCCCAUUGAGUGCCAGGAGAAACUGAUCGUCACUGUCGCAGUUGAGAACGGCAACACCCUCGAAACCGAGCAGCUCGAGGUGCAGCUCUCCUGCGUCAACUCCCCCGACGGACAGUGCCCCUGUAGCUGCAACUACGCGACGGACCCGGGCUGCAUCUGCCGGGACGUCCAGGACACGUUCACCGUCACCCUGACGAAGUCCCCCAUUUAUGCUUCAUACCCUCUGGAGUACGUCAAGUCCUUCCCGGGCCGCGCGAUCGAGGGCAUCGUGCGCACGGGCUCCGGCGCGGACGCCGGGCAGUGCGAGGCGGGGGCCCUGUCGAGCAACCCCACGUGUGGUUGGAUCUACGACAAGGACGGCGACCGCGUCGAGGGCAGCCAGGGCUUCUGCUGCGAGUGCGGGGCCAGCAAGACGGUCGAGGACACCUUCGGGAAGAGCGACGACCGCAUCCGCGCGAACGUGAACUGCGACCUGUUCGGGGGGGGACUGUUCCUGGGGGGAGUCCCGGGGAGUGCGCACUGCCUGUACUUCGACCAGCAGUGGUACCAGGGCUUCGCGGUCGGGGAGGCCGGGCUGCGUUUCGACCUCACCGUGCGUCUGAGGACCAACUCGAGCGAUUUCACGGACGCGGGCGGCCUGGAGGAGCUCGUGCUGGGUCCCUCGCAGCCGUACAAGGUCAGCGAGCGCGGCCUGGUGUCGGCGAAGCUGCUGGGCGACCUCGCGGGGUACGACCAGCUGCCGGUCCUGUCCGAGCGGUACCUCAUGGUGCCGGACCCCGCCGACGGCGACAUCCUCACGAUGGCGACGCAGCGCAUCGACGAGUGGGUCCUCCUCGACAAGAGCAUGGUAUCCGUAUCCGGGCGCGAGUGCGACAAAGCCGGAACCUCCUUCGAGGCCUUCGCGUCCCAGGCGAACGCGUGCGGCCGACUCCCUGGCUCCUGCCUGAACGGCCAGAUCCUGGAUCUCAUCGACGAGGACAACGAGCGGAUCGCCGAGGGCCGCACACCCUUGUACAAACUGCGGAGGUACAUGGGCGGCAAGCAGCUGCCGCUGGACGUCACGGACGCGCGCGCGCUGCGGCUGCAGCUCCCCGUCGACACGCUCGGGGCCUCGGUCGUGAGCCUCGACAUGCUGGGGGACUCGGUCAGGCUGGUGGUCAACUCCUCCCCUGCGCGCAUCGUCAGCGCCAAGGUGUGCCAGUUCGCGAACGUCGAGUGCGGCGGCUUCGAGGCCUUGACUGAGCGGGGGUACUUGACGGCCGAGGUGGAGAACGAGGGCUACAUCGAUGCCGGGUUCACGAUCUCGGUGCACGACUGUUCCGAGAACGUCCGCGAGGUGGAGGCGCGCCGCGCGGACAUCAGGGCGAGGUCCGAGGAGGAGUUCGUGUUCGAGCUGUUCGUCGAGGACGACAGGCAGGUCGAGCAGCGGGGCUGCAACGUCACCGUGCAGGACUCUCAAGGACAGGUUACGGACACUCUGCGCGUCACGUUUUUCACCAACGCAACGGACUACACGGAGAACAUCGGGGCGUCGCGCGGCGACGAGAACUUCGACGGCGCCUACGACGCCCGCACGGACCCGUCCUGCGCCGACAUGUGCAACCUGCUCGACCUCAUCUGCAGCUUCGUCAAGGGCUGCUGGACGCGGUUCUUCCUGGGUCUGCUCACGAUUGGACUCAUAAUCGGGGGCAUUUACCUCCUGUAUCUGUCCAUCCGCCGCGGGUGGUGUCUCAAGGCAGCGCGAGCACUCGGCGUCGCCGCCACGGGCACGAAGGAGGAGCGCGAGGAAAUGCGCGCCCAGACCGACCGUCGGAGGCAGAAGCUGGCCGACAUGAAGCUCUCAGCCCUGGACAUGGAGUAUGCACAGGACCGGCGCGGCGGGCGCCACGGCCGCCGGCGCAGGUCCUCGCACGACCUCCGGCGCGCGCGCGGCGGCACGUCUAAGGGCCGCGGGCGCCCUCGCGCCUCGAGCCGGCGCACGAGCCGCCGUCGUUUGUCCAUGGAGUUUGACCUACGCCACACGACGGGGGGCAUGAUGGGGUUCGCGGACACGACGCACCCGCACGUCCCCAUGCAGAUGUACCGCACAAUGGUAUGA